CCAGUUAAUAUUCUUGCCUGAUGCUUAAGUUACCUGUAAAUGCACUUCUUGGGUCAGAAGAGAUCACCUGUAGGAAUGAUUUGUUACUUUCUGUGUUUUAACGCAGGCCAGCUUUUUGCUAACACAGAGCCCGUUGGCGGGAACGAUGCCAUCAACUCCUGGAACAGCUUCAAGUAUUUUCAGUCCUGCAAGUAUUGGGCAACCUAGGAAGACUACUCUCUCUCCUGCUCAGCUGGACCCUUUUUAUACCCAGGGUGAUUCCCUGACUUCAGAUGAUCAACUUGACGACACCUGGGUAACUGUAUUUGGAUUUCCUCAGGCAUCAGCUUCAUAUAUUCUUCUACAGUUUGCUCAGUAUGGAAAUAUAUUAAAGCAUGUGAUGUCCAACACAGGGAACUGGAUGCAUAUUCGAUACCAGUCUAAGCUUCAAGCCCGGAAAGCCUUAAGCAAAGAUGGAAGGAUUUUUGGUGAAUCCAUCAUGAUUGGUGUCAAGCCCUGCAUAGAUAAAGUAAGUUAACGGCUGCUUUUACUUAAAUACA